AUGAAACGAAUGUUUGGAAGCCGUACGAACAAUACUGACAAAUCAAAAGAUCAGUACGUUCUUGGCUCUUCCUCCAAUAACAACAACAACAACAAUACCAACAGUAAUAAUAACAAUGGUAGUAAUACUAAUGGUGGUAAUACUACUACUUCUACCAAUAAUUCUCAACAACCUACUACAUCAAGUCAACCACCACCACAAAAUUCAUCCAAACAAGCACCACCAAGAAAAGGAUCACGGAAUAUGGAAAUUUCCAGACCAACUAGUUUUAGAUUAUUGCAAAGUUUCGCCACAACAGACUCCAAUUCUUCUUCAUCAAAAUCUAACGGCCAUCCAUAUUCAAAUGGCGGGGAAAGUAAAAAAAAUUCAUCAUCAAAUGGCAGCAGCAAUACAUCCUCAUCCGCAUCAUCUACAAGUGCAACGAGUAAUAGUCAGACUAGUAGUAGUAGCAGCAGUAGCCUUUCGAUUGUUUCGUCCAUUGAUACACAAUCAUUGAGUUCUCAGGGAUCCGUUUCGGGAGAUGUAAAUAUUACCAUCAAUGAUGAUCAUCAUAGCAAUGGUCAGCAAAAUAUGAAUUCGGGAGAGAGAAGUGAAUCACCCAAUUCAAUCACUCCACAAAAGUUGCAAAUACCCUCUCCAAAGGCUAUGCAUCAUGGAAGAAGUCCAACAUCUUUCAAUGUUCCUUCCUUAACUUCAGUGUUGGUGCAACAGGGCGAUAAGGUGCAUCAUCGAACAAAGUUUAAUGAAAUUUCUGUUCGUCAAUUAUCUCCAAUGAGUUCUAGAUCUCCAGUCAAAUCUCCUGAAUUGGAGUUGACAGAAGAAAGACUCAAUAAGAUAAAUGAGGAUUUUGAGGCUGUUUUAAAGAGUAGAGCAGUCAAGCAAUAUGGUAUGUUUAUUGAUAUAUGUUUUAGUAUAUUUAAUCCUGAAUAUUAUUAG